AUGGAUUUAGUAGACGAAAAACCUGGCAAUGGUGUAGCCGUCACUCAUCACAAAUUAAAUGGUAUGAAUUACAAGUUGUGGAAGUUCCAAAUUGAUGCUGUGAUGAAAUCCAGAGGCCUGAUGGACGUCAUGGCCGGCAAUGUUCCUGGUGAAACUGCAAGUGCUGCUGAGAAAAGUCAAUACGACAGAAAUGAUGGCAAAGCAAUGGCGAUUUUAAUUUCAUCGGUGGACAAUGAACAAGCGAAUCAUAUUCUUAUGUGUAAGACUGCGAAAGAGAUUGCAGAUAAGUUGUCUAAUUUGCAUGAAAAACGUAGCGAGGUGCGCAUUAUGAAUCUAUAUGAGGAAUAUUUUUCUUUGAAAAUGACUGAGGGCGAAUCAGUUACGUCGUAUGUGUCAAAGGUGAGUAGAAUGGCACAUGAAAUCGAAGACCAAGGUGAAAAACUAUCUGAGAACAUUAAAAUGGUGCGGAUCAUUAGCAGUUUGCCACCCAAAUUUCGUAACUUCAAGACAGUUUGGUACAACAUAAAAGAAGCAAGAACGUUGGAUAGUUUGAUGGCUCGUUUGCAGCUGGAGGAGGAUCAAAUGAACAAAGUGGAUGAUACACCAUCAGAUGUGGCUUCACGUGAAUGUCCGAAGCGCGGUGAAAAGUUUGCCGAACGCAAAAAGGCUGGUAGUGAUGUUGCAUUUUGUGGCAAAGUCGGUGAUGGGUUCACUACGAAUCUUGAGAAUAUUUGGAUUGCUGAUUCAGGUGCAACAGAGCACAUGACAGGUCGCAUUGAAUGGUUUACAGAUUAUAAGAAGUAUUAA